CGUCCCAACGUUUGAAAGCCACAUUCUUACUUACUCCUUGAGCAUCUUCUCAGUUUUUGCCCUCUCUUCCUCUAUUGGACUGUAAGUCUCCCACAGGGAUAAGCAAAAAAUGGCAGCUGCAGUCUGCUUCAACUGCGCCACGCUGGCCAGCACCAGUCUCUGGCCGCGCAAGCAAUGUCUAGACAGCCGUGUCGCCUUGGAGACGAUCAUCGAACAGCUUAACGUGACGAGGGUGAGCCCAGGACGAGGACGGCCUUCGAGAAGGUCUGGGGUUGGACCUGUAAGAUGCAGCGGGAUCGGAAUAGGGGACUUCAUUGGAGGUGAUCUGCUGAAGCCCGACCUUGGCCGCUGGCUCUCGGACGUCGAGGAGCACAAGGCGCUCGCCAUCUACACACCGCACGAGGGAGGCUAUGAGGGCCGCUACCUUGCUCGCCUCAAGUACCAGGGCUACUACUUCCUCGACCUCACGGCUCGAGGCCUCGGCGAUCCCGAGACCACUCUCACCAAGAUUCACCCCGUUUGCCCCCCGCACGUCGGGAAGCAGCCCAUAGCAAGGUGGUACUUCCCACCGGAAGUAGAUUACAGGCUUGCGGCGCUACCCCCUGAUGCCAAAGGCCUAGUCGUCUGGAUAAUCGAGGCCAAGGUUCUGUCCAAGUCCGAGCUCCAGUUUCUCGCCUUACUACCUACGCUCCGGCCAAAAGUGAGGGUCAUCGCUGAGUGCGGAAACUGGCGAAAGGUCAUGUGGAAGCCGCUUAAAGAAAUCGCGGGCUUGACGGCAGACACCGAAUCAUGAUCAACCCCAGGCAGGGGAUACUAGCAGGGUAUAUCUGCAGAAUUCAGGAAUGCACCGCAGAUUUUUUACAAUACACCAGGCAAUGACUGCUCCGACUUCGCUGUAGUCGGAGGACCUCUUCGUCAUGCCAGGGAGAAGCACCAGAAAAUCGAUAAGAGUCCCUGGCAAGCUGUUGGCUGUGCAGAAAUUACUUAUGUGGCACAACUCUUUUUGCUAUUCAUUGCUCUUCGAUUAUCUACUCAGGCAUCCAACGAGCAUAAUUCUUAAAAUGCAUCACUACCUGGAAAAAUGCAUAAGCAAGGAAGACAUUGUUGCAUCCAUUGGAUUACAUUUCCCAUCA